UUAUUUUCCCUUCCCUCAACCGCAAUCCACUGGAGCUUCAAUACCGCUGCCUCCUAAAAUAUAAAUACACCUUAAUUUGGCUCUUCCAUCCAGAUCUCAAGUCUUCUCUCUCUUAUCUCUUUGAUGACACCGAGCGAGUUGUCUGUCUGAUAAUUAGCAGAAUUAAGUGUAAUCGAUCGUGACAUCGUCUGUCCUGUUAUUUCCCAACCCAAAUCAGUACAAGUGUAGGGAGAUCGUCUUGCCGAUUUGCUUUUCUUCCCGCAUCAAAGGGUGUCCGGCACUUUAAGGAUGUCGAUUAUUAUCGCACUCUUCGUCAUAUGCGCUAUGGUCUCCGGCAGUUUUGCAUCAGAUCCCGACCCGCUUCAGGACGUCUGCGUGGCGAAUCUCACUUCUGGGGUGAAGGUGAAUGGGUAUCCGUGCAAGAACGCCGGGAAUGUGAGUGCGGCUGACUUUUUCUACUCGGGGCUUGCCAAGGCAGCGAAGCCCAACAACACCAUGGGAUCGCUGGUGACCCCGGCCAACGUGGAGAAGAUCCCAGGGCUGAACACCCUGGGAGUGUCCUUGUCUCGGAUCGACUACUCACCUAGUGGGCUGAACCCACCACAUACCCACCCAAGGGCCACGGAGAUUGUGUUCGUGCUGGAGGGAGAACUGGAGGUUGGCUUCAUAACCACAGCCAACGUGCUGGUGUCUCAGACCAUAAAGAAGGGUGACAUAUUCGUCUUCCCCAAGGGACUCGUCCAUUUCCAGAAGAACAACGACGCCAAAGUCCCAGCCGCCGUCCUAUCGGCCUUCAACAGCCAAAUGCCAGGGACUCAGUCCAUCGCCCUCACCCUCUUCACUUCCACUCCUUCCGUCCCCGACCAUGUGCUCACCACGGCGUUCCAGAUCGGUACCAAGGAGGUUGAAAAGAUCAGGUCCAAGCUCACCCCCAAGAAGUGAUCCAUCCAUCCAUCGAUCCACAUUCGACCCAGCUAGCUAUCUAGCUACCACUGGUUCACUGCUCACUAGCUACUGGAAAUGGAAUCCCCUAUUAACUAAUAAUUGAUUGGUUAAAAAUAUUAUUCUCUCUCUCUUUUCCUUCGUAGUCAAUUGCAAUUGCCCAUAAUCUUUACCCAAAAAAAAUAAAAUAAUAAUAAUAUUGCCCAUAAGCCAUAUUCGGCGCCA